AUGGAAGCCAGGGUUGCGAUGGUUAAUGAGGACACAGGGGGAGAAGUGAUUAAAGGCGCGCUGAUGUGUGAUGUUGGUCCCGCCUCCUCACCGUCCUUCACCACUCGUCGUGGCUUCAUCGUACAAUUAGGACAUUUCAGCCCCGACAGACGCAGAUAUUCCGGCCUUCAAAUCAAGCAAGGAAGCAAGAUGCUGGCCAUCCAUAACGAUACCUUGGACUCCUGGUGGUUCCGGCUUAGCCAUUUCAUGCAAAGUCAUAACGGGCUUGAUAUUGACGAUGAUUUAUUGUUUCCAAGAUUGGACGCGAUUCGAUUUCAGCCGUGUUCGGGAUUUGUGAUGAAAUGGGCGAGCAAUGGUGGAACGAUUGAAAGCAGAUUGUCCGACAAGAAACAAUGGGGCCAAAGGCUUCGUAACCUGCUCCCUACCAUUUUGACCUUCCAGAGACCAGAGCAACUAUCCAUUCUGUUAUUCGAGGCAUUUUGGUGA